AUGGACGAAAUUUUUGCUCGUGCUAAAAGUAUUCUUGUUAUCUGGGCUGAUGAUGUUGAUCCAGAAAAUUUACCUGUCUUCCAAGAAACAUUACAAACAAAGGCAAAACAAGCUAAUAUUGCUUUUGAAAAUGUUCAAAUGCUUUUAGACUCUCGACGUGCAACAUCAUCAUUUGAUAUAAUUCUUUUUGGUCUUGUAAGUAAACGUGAUCCACCAACGAAUGCUGAUUUAUUCAAUGAAUUUUUUCGUUUACUUCGUCCAAAUGGUUAUCUUAUAACACAUAUUGAACAUACAACACAAUCCCAAGCAGUUGAUCAUUUUAAAAUGUGUGGUUUUACUAGUUGUAAUCCACUUGAUACGAAUUCAUCAUUUUUAAUUGAAAAUAAAGAUGAUGAUGUUAAAAAACUUGGUUCAUUAUGGUUAUGUCAAAAACCAUCAUUUGAUGUUGGAUAUUCCGUACCAUUACGUAACAGAGGUAAUAGUCAAACAGGACAAGUUUCAUCAACAAAUGAAACAAAAAAAACAUGGACAAUGGAUGAUGAUGAUUUAAUUGAUACAAAUGAUUUAUUGGAUGAUAAUGAUCGAAAAAAACCUGAUGUUAAAAAUUACGAUUGUGGUACAUCAUCUACUGGUGUUCGAAAAGCAUGUAAAAAUUGUUCAUGUGGUUUAGCACAAGAACUUGAACAAGAAGAACAUGCAGCUGCAAAAGAAACCGUAAAAUCAGCAUGUGGAAGUUGUUAUUUGGGUGAUGCUUUUCGAUGUGCUGGUUGUCCAAAACGUGGUUUACCUCCGUUUAAACCUGGCGAACGUGUUACCGUACCAAAUAUGUCCGAUGUUUAA